AUUAACCAGGUGCUGGCUCCUGUUGCCCUGUGCUGCAGGUAUCAUUUAACAUUUACCCAAAGCUCUCUCACCCAUGCUAUACACAUGGAGCUGAAGGAGACCACCUGUGAUCACUCAGGAGUGCGCAAUUUGGCCUUCCAGGAGGAUGAAUACAUCAAUAUUGAGAGUGAUCUGCAUGAAAACAAACGUGACUCAGUAGAUGAUGAGCAACCCCGCUUGAAAGGGCAUUUAGAAAAGAAAUAUGAUAAAGCCUGCGAAUUUUGCAAGAAACAUAAGACCAGAAUUCACCAUGCGAUCUAUGGAAUUUUAACAACAGCAUAUUUAGCAGUAGUCGUUGCAGCCUGCAGCUUGAAUUUUCAGAGAGCCUUCCCACUCUUUAUCAUCACUGUCCUAGCCAUCUCCUUCAUCUGCUGGGAUUUUUUAAUAGCUAAGUAUGGAGACAGAAUUGCUGCAUACUUUUCUGCUGGAGUACAAAAUCUGGAGAAACAGUGGUUUUGGCUGAAAUGGGUUUUGUAUGCAGCUCUUAUUAUAGCUAUCAUCUGCUGGCUCGUCUUUGACACAGCAAAACAGGGAUCCCAUCAGCUGAUCUCCUUUGGUGGGCUUGUAUUGUAUGUUCUCUUGAUGUUUAUCUUUUCCAAAUAUCCAACCAGAGUUGCUUGGAGACCAGUAUUUUCAGGAAUAGGAAUGCAAUUUAUUCUUGGGCUGCUUAUCUUGAGGACCAAAGUGGGGUUUGAUGUAUUUAACUGGCUAGGCAUUCAGACCCAGACUUUUCUAGAGUACUCUGAUACAGGUGCUAAGUUUGUGUUCGGUGAGAAAUAUAUGGAUCACUUCUUUGCUUUUAAGGUCCUGCCUAUUGUGGUUUUCUUCAGCACAGUGAUGUCUAUGCUUUACCACAUUGGAUUCAUGCAGUGGCUUGUUGGAAAGGUUGGUUGGAUGAUGCAGAUUUUCAUGGGGACAACUCCUGUUGAGUCUCUGGUAGCUGCGGGUAACAUAUUCGUGGGACAGACAGAGUCUCCUCUUCUGGUACGGCCUUACUUACCAUACAUCACCAAAUCUGAACUCCAUGCAGUCAUGACAGCAGGAUUCUCAACUAUUGCUGGAAGUGUCUUAGGAGCAUACAUUUCUUUUGGGGUUUCUGCCUCCCACCUACUGACUGCUUCCGUCAUGUCAGCACCGGCAUCAUUAGCCACUUCCAAAUUAUUCUGGCCUGAAACUGAAAAGCCUACAGUAACUCUGAGUGGGCUGCGGGUGGCAAAAGGUGAAUCAAAAAACCUACUUGAAGCAGCCAGUCAAGGUGCUUCUGCCUCCAUUCUGCUGGUAGCAAACAUCGCCGUGAAUCUGAUCUCCUUCCUUGCCCUGCUAGCUUUCCUUGACUCAGCCCUGUCUUGGGUGGGUAGUCUGUUUGAAUAUCCACAGCUGAACUUUGAGAACAUUUGUGCCUAUGUCUUCAUGCCAUUGGCUUUCAUGAUGGGGGUAGACUGGGAAGACACUUUUAUUGUCGGUGGACUACUAGGUUACAAAACUUUCUUCAAUGAAUUUGUGGCUUAUGAGCGUCUCUCACAACUGAUUCACAACCGAGAAAAGGGUGGGAGCAUGUACAUUAAUGGUGUGAAACAGUACAUGACUGUUCGCUCUGAAGUUAUUGCCACCUAUGCUCUUUGUGGGUUUGCCAACUUCGGCUCUCUGGGACUGGUAAUAGGAGGCCUGACAAGCAUUGCUCCCUCCAAAAAAAAAGAAAUCGCUGGUGGUGCUUUCAGAGCCAUGAUUGCGGGAACCGUAGCCUGUUUCAUGACAGCCUGCGUUGCAGGAAUGCUGAUUGUCCCUGGUCUAGAAGUUCCUUGCCACAUCUUAUUAGGAAGUGCCUUCAAUUACACAGAUUUCCCUGCCAACAGUACAGAGCUAGUCGAAUGCUGCCAGCAACUCUUCACCAGUGUAAAUCAAUCUCAGGAGAUCUUCCAUGGAGGAAACUAUAGCAUUAGCUCCUGGAAAGGUUGUUGCCAGAUACUGGAUCAAGCUGCUCUUCAUUGCACUUGGAUUAAGCCUUAAUUUUUGGGGGGCAGGUGGAUCAUAAAUAAAAGCUGUGUUUCUUGGUAGAAAGGUAAUAAAAAUUCCCUUUUCCACAAA